UUUAACUUUAGUGCUAUGUUAUGUUAUCUUCUAUCUCUAUAGUUGAAAUGGCCGCUGCUACUAUUGCUUCUCUCCGGUUUCUUCCCCCAAACCCCACUGCCAGAAAAACACUCAACUUCUUCUCUAAACCAAAUGUCGUCUCAUUGCGCUCAUUCUCUUCUUCUUCAAUAUUUUCUCUAUCUCACAAAUUCAAUCUUCCUCUACCUCCCUGCAAAUGCUCCUUCACUGCCCCCGUUUCCACCAAUACCUAUGAGUUUUCUGAUGGUGCUUCUGAGAUGGAGUUAAGGUUACAAUUAGGAGGCAUGGAUAUAACAAGCACAAAAGACAUAUCGGUUGAUGCAGACGAUACAUCGUUAGUUAUCAGAGUAUUGCGCUCAGGAUCGCCUAUUACAUUGUUACAAACUAAUCCUCUUUUUGACAGGAUUAAACCCUCUGAAACAAUAUGGUAUAUUGAUGAUGAUCAGCUUGUUGUGAAUUUCAAGAAACAUGACCCGGAGUUGAAAUGGCCUGACAUUAUGGAAUCAUGGGAAUCACUUUCUGCUGGAUCAUCGCAGCUUUUGAAAGGAACUUCAAUUUAUCUUGUUGGUGAUUCAACUGAAAUCAACCAGAAAGUGGCUGAAGAGCUUGCUACUGGUCUUGGAUAUACACCACUUAGUACACAAGAGUUGCUGGAGUCUUAUACCAAUCAAACCGUGGAUUCAUGGCUGCUUGCAGAAGGUUCUGACUCGGUAGCCGAAGGUGAAGGCGCUGUACUUGAAAGCAUAAGUAGACAUGUAAGGACAGUAGUUGCAACAUUAGGAGGUAAUCAAGGUGCUGCUGGAAGAUCUGAUAAAUGGAGAUAUCUUUAUGCAGGAUUUACUGUCUGGUUGUCACAGACGGAAGCAUCAGAUGAAGAUUCUGCAAAGGAGGAGACGCACCGAAAUGUCAAAGAGGGCAUAACCGCAUACACGAAUGCAGAUGUUGUUGUCAAGCUGCAGGGCUGGGAUCCUGCCUAUGCUAAAAGCGUGGCACAAGGAUGCUUGAAGGCCCUAAAACAGUUAAUCCUAUCGGACAAGAAACUUCCAGGUAAGAAAGGCUUAUACAUAAGAUUGGGAUGUCGAGGUGAUUGGCCAAAUAUCAAACCCCCUGGUUGGGAUCCAUCAAGUGAAGGCGGCGAAACUCUUGGCAUAUAAUCAUAAUAAGUGAGUACAAAUAUGUCGAUACAAGUCUGUUAGUUAAGGUACUACUGUUCAAGAAUUGUUCUUGUCAUCAAAGCCAAAGAAAAAGAUACCAAGACUGAAAAUGCAAAUGCAACACUAUCAAGUCUUUUAAGAAGCAAUUACUUCAUAUGUAUGUAUGCAAUAUCAUUCCCCUCCAAACUGUUAUCAAAUGAAAUAUUCAUGACUAAAUCAAUCUUUGAAUCAAGAUUUCAGUUGCUGCUGAUAUGUUCUAUAAUGGGAGCUUGUGAAAUUUUGAAUCAACAUUGUGCACGGUUUGAUUAUUUGAGUACUUUGAUUGCAGUUUUAAGUCAAUUCAAGCUAUACAAAGCAAUGGAGUCG